UCAUGCUGCUGCCAAGUCCAGAGUCUCUCAUGGGUCCCUGUACGGCCUCCCAUUGCUGCUGUCUCCAUCGCCACACUCUGCCAUGUGCCACUUUCAGGUCUCCUCACACUGCUGGUGUGUUCCAUUUUUGUCAUAGGGUGCUGGCAGAUUUACGGGCCUCCCAUAGCUGCUGCCAGGCCCCUAAUCUGCCAUGGGCCCCUAUACCGCCUCCUCAUGCUGCUGCCAGGUCCAGAGUCUCUCAUGGGUCCCUGUACGGCCUCCCAUUGCUGCUGUCUCCAUCGCCACACUCUGCCAUGUGCCACUUUCAGGUCUCCUCACACUGCUGGUGGGUUCCAUUUUUUGUC